CUGGAGCCCCCGCCCCGGCGAGGAGGAGGGGCGAAGGGGGCAGGAGGCUUGGUUGAGCAGCAGCUGUUUGUCUGUUCCGCACAGGCUCGGGCCCGACGCGGGAGACGGAGCCCCAGGACUGCUGAGGCCUGGGAGUCCCUCCCCUUCCCCUUCCCCCUUUGCCGCUUUGUGGCAUCCCCCUCCCUCUACCCUCCUACUUUGAUACCCUGGCUAUGACUAGCAGAAGCACAGCCAGGCCCAAUGGGCAGCCCCAGGCCAGCAAGAUAUGCCAGUUCAAAUUGGUCCUGCUGGGAGAGUCUGCGGUGGGGAAGUCUAGCUUGGUGUUACGGUUUGUCAAAGGGCAGUUCCAUGAGUACCAGGAAAGUACCAUUGGAGCGGCCUUCCUCACCCAGUCUGUGUGUCUAGAUGACACAACAGUCAAGUUUGAAAUCUGGGACACAGCUGGCCAAGAGCGAUACCACAGCUUAGCCCCCAUGUACUACAGGGGUGCCCAGGCUGCAAUUGUGGUUUAUGACAUUACUAAUCAGGAAACAUUUGCCCGGGCAAAGACCUGGGUGAAGGAGCUGCAGCGACAAGCCAGCCCAAGCAUCGUUAUUGCCUUGGCCGGGAACAAAGCUGACCUUGCCAACAAGCGCAUGGUGGAAUAUGAAGAGGCCCAGGCGUAUGCAGAUGACAACAGCUUAUUGUUCAUGGAGACUUCAGCUAAGACCGCCAUGAACGUGAAUGACCUCUUCCUGGCGAUAGCAAAGAAGUUGCCAAAGAGCGAACCCCAGAACCUGGGGGGUGCAGCAGGCCGAGGUCGGGGCGUGGAUCUCCAUGAGCAGUCCCAGCAGAACAAGAGCCAGUGUUGUAGCAACUGAGGGGUGGCUAGCAGCAGACAUGUGUGGAGUUAGCACGAGAGCUAAGAAAAGACCUCCAUCCCCACCCUCAGCACACAGCCCCUAUGGUAACGGCACACUGAGCCCUGGCUGCCAAGGGCUGCCCCCUGACAGCUCGUCAUGGCCCUUUCUAAGGCUUCAGCAACCAACACCAGGCAGCUGUUGCCACUACUACACCCUGCUCUGGGGUUUGGGGUCAAAUCUCCCCAGGACCUUCCUUCCAAAACAAACUUCCUUCACUUUGUAUUCUAGGUGCAAGACAGUGACUCCUCAUCAUUACCGCCCCC